AUGGUCGUCGGUGGCACAGUUCCUAAGUCGGAGAGAACCGGCAAGAAACUCUGUGAUCUUGCUUUCUCGAUCUUGGACGGGCGACGAUGCAUCAAAACCGACCUAAUGGCCGAGCAAACGCUUUAUGGAUCUGCCCUCCAUAGGCAAUUCAGCGGCGCCUUCACCUUCUACGGCUACAUGCAUCUUCCUGGUCCAGAUCCUGUCUGUCUCAUCUCCCUCGAAGCUCUACUCCGGGUUCAAAACUCAGACGAGAAGGCAUUGGUCCUU